AGUGGCUCAAGUAGAAGCUGAGCCCCAUGGCCGGCGAGGCCAUGGCUGGUAAGCGGAAGCAGCCGGGUUUUGCGCCUGCAGUCGUCAGGCGCAUCCAUGGGAAGACGCAGGUCGCAGCCACUGGAAGACGCAUCCGCGGCAAGACGAGGAUCGCCCGCAUCGCCCACAGCAAGGCGCACUUCGCCCAGAUGCGCAUCCACGGCAAGGGGGGCGAUCCCCGAAGGCGAUCAGAGUUUCAGCCGGUGAAUCCAUUUUCCGAGGACAAGAAGGGGCUGGCACAGCUGCCGGAGAUCUCGCGCGCCCGAAUGGCCAUGUCGCCCGCAGUCCUGGGCACCAUGCCUUGCCGGGAGCAGCAGCAGAGUGAGUUGUUCAACCACCUCAGCGCGGCGAUCCGCCAGGGAGGGUCCAAGAAGGUGCUAUACAUCUCCGGCAUGCCGGGCACCGGCAAAACCGCCUCCGUGCUGCAAGUGGAGGCCCAGUUGAAGCAGAAAUUCGCCUUCGUGCACAUCAACGCCAUGUGCCUAGGGAAGCCGUCUGCGGUCUUUGGCGAAGUUUGGCGGCAGCUGCGGGAAGCAGGCUUGGCCCAGGAGCGUUGCUCCGCCGCAGCUGCCGAGAAGCAGGUCGAAGGCUUUUUCCUCCACCGCGCAACCCAGCAGGUCGUGGUUCUUCUAAUCGACGAGCUGGACUGCUUGGCAACGCGAAACCAGGCCAUCCUUUACCGCAUCUUGAGCCUGAUCAUGCUGCCAAAGCCCCAUCUUGUGAUGGUGGCAAUUUCCAACAACAUCGAUUUGCCUGAGCGGCUUCUCCCCAAAGUCAGCACGCGGCUGGGUUUCGACCGUGUGGACUUUCGAACCUACACGCGAGACCAGAUCCAUGAGAUCCUCCGGAAACGCCUUGAGGUUUACAAGGCGCUGGACACCUUCACCAAUGACACACUCAAGUAUUGUGCUGCGCGUGUUGCUGGCCACUCGGGUGAUGUGAGGAAGGCGCUGCAGCUUUGCAAGCGGGCGCUGGAUGUGUGCAGGCAGCUGCCAGUGACGAUCCAAGAUCUGCGGGCGGCUGACCAAGACCUCCUGCAGGCCAACCCCUGUGUAAAGGCAGUGCAUGGCCUUAGUGUCAAGCCUCGGCUCUUUUUGCUGUCGCUGCUACUGGAAAUGAGGGACCGCCAAGCUGAGCAGGUGCGAGCAAGGCAGGUGUCGCUGCGCUACGCCAAGCUGACAGCAGCCCGCCGGCGCGCAGCAAAGGAGCUGCCAGACCAGUACAGGUCCAUCCGCUGUGCAGAUGAGGCGUUGGAUUUGAUGGACCGCUUGGUGGCUUGCACUUUGCUCACCAGAAACUACAUGAUGCUGGAGGAGGAGGAUGGUCUCAUCAGCAAGGAUCCCCACCUGUCGUUGAGCAGCUUGGAGCUGGAUGAUCUCUCGGUGGCGCUGAGGGACUCCGAGACAGAUCCCUUCCUCAUAGAACUGCUACCGCAGUGAGCCUGUGGUCAAGGUGGCGCCAUCCAGUUCCAAGAUGACCCGGGCA